AUGGGAUAUGGUUAUUAUAGAUAUGCGUUAGGUGUAGUAUCUACUAUUUGGUUUCUCGCUUUGCUCUAUCUCUUGCUCACUGGUCAAGGAGAAGCUUUUGAUAUUGGAUGGUUCUUGACUGAAACUUCUCCUUACAUGUGGGCGUUGUUGGGCAUAGGACUGUGUAUCGGUUUAUCCGUAGCAGGAGCUGGAUGGGGUAUCUUUGUGACAGGAUCAUCGAUAUUGGGUGGUGGUGUGCGCACACCUCGUAUACGCACAAAGAAUCUGAUUAGCAUCAUUUUCUGUGAAGUUGUUGCAAUUUAUGGCGUUAUCAUGGCAAUCGUCUAUGCAGCCAAGAUAAAGGGAUUGCCUUCUGAUGGAAUUUACACACAAUCAAACUAUUAUACCGGCUUCUCGUUGUUUUGGGGUGGAUUGACAGUUGGCCUUUGCAACCUGCUAUGCGGUGUCGCAGUUGGUAUCAAUGGCAGUAAUGCAGCUUUAGCAGACGCUGCUGAUCCAACACUAUUCGUCAAGAUACUCGUCAUUGAAAUCUUUAGUAGCAUUAUGGGAUUGUUUGGAUUGAUUGUUGGGCUACUCAUGUCUGGUAAAGCGGAGGAAUUCAAUUAA